AUGGUUGUGUGUAAAACUGAGCUUGAGACCCACAGCGAGAGUAUUCUUUCUUCUAAUUUAUUUUUCAGCCCGCACCACGCAGUCGAAUUUCGGUCGUUGACGGCUCUGCAAAACGACACAGACGACGCUAUAGACGUAGGUCCCAGCUCCAUCGAUCACACCACUUUGCAUUCGAUUGCCGUGACACGACCCAACGAUCCAAGAGACCAGCCCCAGCGCACAAUGACUGCCCGAGUCACCAAACGAAAAACACGCCGGUCCACCAAAGGGUGCACCGUCUGUCUGCAGCGCAAGAAGAAAUGCGACGAAACCUGGCCCGUGUGCAACUCGUGCGAGCGGUUGGGCCACGAGUGCAAGUGGCGCGAUAAGAUCCGGUUUCGAAAACCCGACGUUUUUUCGCCCGACGUGCUGGCCAAGUACUGCUUCGAGGAGGAUAACCGCAUGGGUGGCGAGUUUGAAUUCAUCACGCUCAAUGCAGACAAUAUCCACAAGCUCAAACUGGACGAAGACGACAGCUCAGACAACUCUCCCGAGGUGUUCAACACCAACUACUUUGGCGAGAACCGCAAGUCCAGUGUCAGUUCUUCUGACAGCAUUCACGAUGUGACCAAGACAGCUGCUCUGGCCGAAGUCAUGGUAGACUUUGUUUCUGACGCACCUGCCAUCAUCACCGAAAUCCCCAACCAUGCAAGUGCUCACUCCUCCAUCUCUCAAAGGGCUCUGGCCUGUGCCCCGUCGCCUAGUCUGUCCGAUUGGGUCAAGGAGUCGUACGACCCGUUCCAUUUCGGCUUCUCCUUCAACCAGGGCGAGUUUGAGGAGCUCGGGGAUAUGGGCGGUUACGUGGAGGAGAUUGAAGAUAAGAACGUGGCCAAGGACGUGGCCAAGGACGCGGCCAAUGACGCGACCAAGGACAUGAUCAAGUCCAAUUCCACCAAAAGCAAAGACGAACUCAACUCCCGGGCUCUGGAGAAACUGUCUCUCACUCUGCAAAUCCCCAAGAACAUUGACGUUCUUACUUACCUUGCUGGAGGCCAGGAUGACGCGGUGGCUACAGAACGACAACUUUGGAACCAGUGGCUGAGCAUUUCCGUGCCCACUAAUUCCGUUACUCCCUCCGACAAGUCAGCUCUGUUGGUGGUCCUUCUCCCUCUCUCCAUCUCCUCCUCAGCUGUCCGUUCAGCCAUUCUCGCCUGGACUUGCACCCAAAUGUACAACCUGUGCCGAAUCCAGGAGUCUGUGGUGCAGAAGUUUUGCGACGACAAAGAACGCACCAAUCUACUCGUGGCAGCAACGCGACAACCUCCGCAGUGGAGAACUCAGGCCGAUAUCGACGCUCUGUUUGCUGCCACUCUCAUCUGGUGCGCUGUGGAGUCCACGACCGGAGGCACCUCCUGGAUCAACUACAUGAAGGCCUCCUCGGAGCUGAUCCGUUCCCAGGGCGGCGAAAUUGCGUUCCUGCGCAAGAACAAGACCAAAACACGUGCCUGGCUCCUCAGAAACUUCCUCUACCACGACGUGAUUGCUUCAUUGUCCAUUGGUAUCUUCCCCCUGUGUCAGGAAGGAGCUGCUUUUUGCUACACAAAGGUGUCUAGUAAAAAGACCCAUCUUUCCGAUGAGGAGACUGAGACACGGGAAUUUCUGCUCUCUAAGGGCGUCAAUGAGCUGGACUCGCUGAUCGGAAGAUGCCACAACAUUUUUUACAUUCUCUGGCGAAUCGGAGGCCUGUCUCACGAGCGAAUCUGUUUUGCCGAAAGCGCUCUGGCUCUCUGCGACGGGUUGCUGCGACAAGUGGACGAAUCGGAAAUGAUUGACGAAGAAGGACUCGAUGAAAACGAAAGAGAGCCCGCCAUUCUGAUGCACAAUCUUUAUCACCGAACUGCAGUCAUCUGUCUUUAUGUGGCUGCCCAGCGACUCAAACAGAACUUUGCGGCCCAUUACCAUCCCGAUUUCGACGCCAUCAUUCCGGAAUCUCAAGUUCUGGCCUCCGUAGAGUACAUUAUCGGCGUUUCGGAGACGCUGCAGCCCGGAGAACCCCCAGAGUCGUGCAUCACUUUCCCUCUGUUUGUGGCAGGCUGUGUGGCUUCGGAUAAAGACACUGUGGAUAGAGUGAACACUCGACUUAAGAAGCGGCUAUCGGAGAUCGGAUACGCCAAUGGAGUGACUGCGGCAACCAUUGUCGAGAUGAUCUGGCAGCAGAGAUGCGGUCUGUUCAUGAACGGACAGCUGGACUCCAUCUCGCAAUGGAGCAGUAACCUGGACUGGGUUAAUGUGAUUCGAAGGACGGGCAUUACGCCGCUGUUGUCGUAA